AUGCCGGGUCCUUUCGUGAAAGGUGAAAUCCAUGAGAAGAAGGUCAUGCUGAGCGUCUGGUGGGGAGUUCAUGGAAUCUACCGUUUAGAACUGGUGGCGGACAACACGACAGUUACUGCCGAGGUCUACUGCGCUCAACUGCAGACACUGGCCGACAAGAUCCGCAAGGAGCACCCGAAGCUCGACAACGUUCGCCUGCUGCACGAUAGCGCGCGCCCUCACAUCGCGAAGAAGACUUCCCAGAGAAUUCUGAAGCUCGGAUGGGAAGUUCUACCGCACACACCGUGCAGCCCAGAACUGGUCCCGAGCGACUACCACCUCUUCCGAUCGCUUCAGCAUCACCUGGAAGAGAAGCGCUACGAUGAUGCUGACCACCUCAAAAAUGACCUUCGGGCUUUCUUCGCCCCCAAGUCGCCGGAGUUCUACGCCAAAGGAAUCCGUGAUCAUGUGAAACGUUGGCAGAAGGUUGUCGAUGUUGAUGGAGAUUAUUUCGUCAAACAAUAA